ACCUCUCACUUCUCCCACAUAAAAUGCCCAUCGCUACUUCAACUGAACCAACCCAUGCAAUGGACAACCAUGAUUCUUCCUUCUCUAGUCUCCGCGCCUACCUUUCAGCCCUGGCCCAGACCCCAGGUCGUCUGACUCGUCGAGCCCUCUCCGUUUCUACGUCCUAUGACGAAGUGAGUCGGAUUAGGGCCCGCUCCGGCUCGGACAUGCAUAGGACCCUCCGGGGGUUCGACCUCGUGGGGCUCGGAAUUGGUGGUAUGGUAGGUGCUGGUGUCUUCGUCACCACUGGUCAAGCCACCCGCCUCUACGCGGGGCCCGCUAUCGUCAUCUCCUACGCCAUUGCCGGCCUCUGUGCCCUACUCUCUGCCUUUUGCUACACCGAGUUCGCCGUCCACAUGCCGGUGGCCGGCGGCGCCUUCAGCUACCUUCGCGUCACCUUUGGGGAGUUUGCUGCAUUCUUGACCGGUUCCAACCUGAUAAUAGAAUACGUGAUGUCGAAUGCUGCGGUGGCAAGAAGCUUCACAUCUUAUUUAGGCGCUGCAAUCGGUAUCUCCACCACAAGAUGGAGAUUCACGGUCCCUGGAUUCCCAAAAGGCUUCAACGAAAUCGACUUGGCCGCCCUAGCAAUCGUUCUUCUCCUCACUUUAAUCAUCUGUUACAGUACGAGGGAGAGUUCGUUGGUGAACAUGAUAUUGACGGCAUUGCACAUAAUGUUCAUAGCCUUUGUCGUUCUGAUGGGGUUCUGGAAAGGUGACUCGAACAACUUUACCCGAUCCAGAAAUCCAGAACAUCCAUCAGGAUUCUUCCCGUUCGGAGUUUCCGGCGUGUUCAACGGUGCCGCCAUGGUUUAUUUAAGUUACAUUGGCUACGACGCCGUUUCUACCAUGGCGGAAGAAGUCCGGAAUCCGGUCAAGGAUAUCCCUAUUGGAGUUUCCGGCUCCGUAAUCAUUGUCACUGUUCUUUACUGCCUCAUGGCCGCAUCCAUGUCCAUGCUCCUCCCCUAUGAUAUGAUCGAUGUGGAGGCGCCGUUUUCAGCGGCGUUUACAGGGCGAUCGGACGGAUGGGAGUGGGUGUCAAAGGUGAUAGGAUUUGGGGCCAGCUUCGGGAUACUAACGUCGCUGUUGGUGGCGAUGCUGGGACAGGCUCGGUACCUGUGCGUCAUCGGACGGUCCAACGUGGUCCCCAACUGGUUCGCUAGGGUCCAUCCUGUAACUUCCACGCCUGUCAACGCCUCUGCUUUUCUUGGAAUCUUCACGGCCGCCAUUUCACUUUUCACGGAUCUGAACGUCCUCCUAAACCUUGUAUCCAUCGGUACUCUCUUCGUGUUUUACAUGGUGGCAAAUGCCGUAAUUUAUAGACGUUACGUGGUGGUGGGGACAACGAAGCCAUGGCCUACAUUGUCCUUUCUUUGUCUAUUUUCCUUGACAUCCAUUAUGUUCACCCUUUUGUGGCAUUUUGCUCCUCCAGGCAAGCAUAAAGCCGUAAUACUUGGCACUUGCGUGGUCAUUGCGGUGGCAAUAUUACAAAUCUUCCAUUGCAUGGUGCCACAAGCUCGAAAACCAGAAUUCUGGGGUGUCCCCUUAAUGCCUUGGAUACCAUCUACAUCAAUCUUUUUGAACAUAUUUUUGCUGGGUUCUCUUGAUGGACCAUCCUAUGUGCGGUUUGGAAUUUUUUCAGCUUUAGCAGUCCUGUUGUACAUGUUAUACGGCGUUCAUGCUAGCUUUGAUGCCGAAGGAGACUGCUCUUUGGGUCCAAGGGACGGUGAAAACCACAAAGAAGAAGUAUCAGCAGAAAGUGAAGAUCCUAGUCAGAAAGCGUAAAAAGCAUCGAUCUUUUACACCAACCAUUUAAUGUAGUUGAUGAGGUACUUCAGAGAGUGGAAUAUGAGAGAGAGAGAGAGGAAUAUAUAUAUAAGAAUAGACUGCAAUUUUGCAGAAUUGGCAACUUAAUUGCAUAUAUAUAGUUGGUAUUUUGAAAAACGGUUUAAUUAGAUUCUGAUCCUUUCUGUACGUUAAAAAUAUGUAUAUAUGCCCAAUGAUCCACCAACUUCUCGAGUCUUUGAAGUCUGACAUAAAUGAAAGCAAACCAUUACA